AUGACCACCAUCGUCCAUGACACUACAGAGGCAGUGUGCCUUUCUGCUGAGCACAACAUUUACUUGAAACCCAUUGCCAAAAUGACCGUCAGUGUGACGCUUCCACAACUCAAACUGCCGGGAAAGAGCAUUUCCAACUGGGAGGUCAUGGAAAGAGUAAAGGCCAUGGUAGUGCCGGACCAGUUUUCAGCCCUCCGAGUGUCCAAGAGCACGAUGGACUUCAUUCGUUUUGAGGGCGAGGUGGAAAACAAAAUGGUUGUGAAGACUUUGUUGGGGCGUCUGGAUGGGAAGAGCAUCAAACUCAGUGGAUUUACUGAUGUAUUGAAGGUGCGUGCAGUUGAGAACAAAGUGGACUUCCCCACGAGACAUGACUGGGACUCAUUCUUUCGAGAUGCCAAAGACAUGAAUGAAACUCUACCGGGUGAGAGGCCUGACACUAUUCACCUGGAAGGACUGCCCUGUCGCUGGUUCAGCCAAAAACAAAGCGGUUUUCCUGACCGACCAUGUCAGGAGGUCCUCAUCGCGGUCUUUGAGGCAUUUGGCAAGGUACGAAAUGUGGACAUCCCAAUGCUGGACCCAUACAGGGAGGAGAUGCUGGACAAAAACUUUAACACUUUUAGUUUUGGGGGCCAUUUGAACUUUGAGGCUUAUGUGCAGUACCACGAAUACGACGGCUUUACCAAAGCCAUGGACACGCUACGUGGAAUGAAGCUGAUGCUGAAAGGAGAUGAUGGAAAGGCAGUCGCUUGCAAUAUAAAGGUGACGUUUGACACCACCAAGCAUCUCGGUGAGUCAGCUAUGAAGAAGCGGAACCUGGAGAGGCUCAAGCUACAGGAGUUGGAGAAGCAGCGAGAAGAGCAAAAGCGGAGGGAGAAGGAAGAGGAAGAGCGUCGCAAAGAGCAGGAGCGCAAACAGAAAGAACAGGAGGAAGAGGAGCGCGAGAGGAAGAAAGAGGAGAAGCAGCGGAAGCGUGAACAGAAGCUGCAGGAGAGGGAGGAGAGGAGAAACAUGAAGAAGGUGAGAAAGCAGCAGGAGGAGGAGCAGAAGAAGCUUCAGAUGAAGAUUGCCAUGGAGGAACGGAGGCUUCUUCUGGCGCAGCGGAACCUUGAAUCAAUCCGGCUCAUUGCUGACCUGUUGGCCAGAGCUAAGGCUGUCAAGCAGCAGCAGCAGUUAAAGGAGCAGGCCGAGCGCGAAGAGCGCGAAAGACAAGAGAAGGCUCGACAGGAGGAGGAACGCGCCCGCCGUCAGCAUCUGGAAGCCUGCCGGCGUAAGCAGCAGGAGGAGCUUCUUAAAGUGGAAUUGGAAAAGGAACGCGCCCUCGACCUCCAACGCCGGGAGAAGGAGCUCAGAGAGAAGCUGCUCUCCAACAUGUUGAAGAAGAACAGUGACAAGCCUGUAAGACCUCGUGACACGCCGGAACAGGACGAUAUCACCAUGAGCAAGGAAGCCCCAAAUCCUGGGAGAGAGAAAGUACCCUUGGCAGUCUUGGGUCAGGUAAAUGGAGUGAUAGCAACAGAGGACAAAGACAAGCAGGGAUCCGCACCUUCUAAACCCUCAGGUAGAAGUCGAGGGACUAAGGAGAGAAAGGAAGGAGAGGCUGUGAAAAAUAAGAAGGACGAUGUGAGGUGCAGGUAUAGCGAGGAGCAUGACAGCAACUCAAAAAGCCGAGGGAGGAGGCCGCAUUCCAGCAGCAGCAGCAGCAGACGGAGAACGAGCGCUAACCACCGCAAGACCUCCAGCCAUCACAGGAGGAGCGAAAGUUCGCAUCGCUACCGGAGGUGUAGCCAAAGCCAUUGGAGCAGAAGCACAAGCUCUAGCCGGGACAGGAGCAGGAGCAGCAGCGGGAGGAGCUACAGCAGGGGAAGGAGCCGCAGACACCGUCACCGUAGAUACAGCAGCAGGAGUGACAGCAGGAACAGGAGUCGCUACAGUCGAGGAUACAGAAGGCGCAGCUACAGUAGAGACGGGAGUCUCUCCAGAAGAUGA